AUGGUAUCUUCUUUGUCCAAGGAAUCGCAAACCGAAUUGCAACUGUUCCAGAACGAAAUCAACGCCGCUAAUCCAUCUGACUUUCUUCAGUUCUCCGCCAACUAUUUCAAUAAGAGACUAGAACAACAGAGAGCAUUUCUCAAGGCCCGGGAGCCCGAAUUUAAGGCAAAGAACAUUGCUCUAUUUCCAGAACCAGAGGAGCCAUUUUCCAGACCUCAAUCAGCUCAAUCUCAAUCCAGGUCCAGAUCGAGCGUUAUGUUCAAAUCUCCCUUUGUAAACGAGGACCCACACUCAAAUGUGUUCAAAAGUGGGUUCAAUUUAGACCCGCACGAACAGGACACUCACCAGCAAACGCAGGAAGAACAGCAGCACAUUAGAGAAAAGGCGUCUACCCCUCCGCUCCCAAUGCACUUCAACGCCCAAAGGCGUACUUCCGUUAGUGGUGAGACCCUACAGCCCAACAAUUUUGACGACUGGACUCCGGACCACUAUAAGGAAAAGUCCGAGCAGCAAUUGCAAAGACUCGAAAAAUCCAUCCGUAACAACUUUCUGUUUAACAAGUUGGAUUCAGACUCGAAAAGGCUGGUCAUCAAUUGUCUGGAGGAGAAGUCCGUUCCCAAAGGUGCUACGAUUAUCAAGCAGGGUGACCAAGGUGAUUACUUCUACGUCGUCGAAAAGGGUACUGUCGACUUCUACGUGAACGACAACAAGGUCAACUCAUCUGGACCAGGCUCCAGCUUCGGGGAGCUUGCUCUCAUGUACAACAGUCCUCGUGCUGCCACCGUUGUGGCAACUUCCGACUGUUUGUUGUGGGCUUUAGACAGGCUUACCUUCAGGAAAAUACUUUUGGGCAGUUCUUUCAAGAAGAGACUCAUGUAUGACGAUCUUUUGAAGAGCAUGCCUGUUUUGAAAAGUUUGACCACAUAUGACCGUGCCAAACUUGCCGAUGCGCUGGAUACCAAGAUCUACCAACCGGGUGAAACAAUCAUUCGCGAGGGUGACCAAGGAGAGAACUUUUAUCUAAUUGAAUACGGAGCUGUGGACGUCUCCAAAAAGGGCCAAGGUGUCAUAAAUAAAUUGAAAGACCAUGAUUAUUUCGGUGAAGUGGCUUUGCUAAAUGAUUUGCCCAGACAGGCCACUGUGACUGCUACAAAGAGAACCAAAGUUGCCACUUUGGGGAAAAGUGGUUUCCAACGUUUGCUGGGUCCCGCAGUAGACGUAUUGAAGCUCAAUGAUCCUACAAGACAUUAA